AUACCGCAUCUAUAAAUGAACGGGGCAUCGGUGGGAGUGAUUAUUUUCUCAGGUGUUUGCGACAGUGUUGUAAUUAUUAACGUUACUAUGCCUGAGCCUACCAAGUCUGCUCCUGCCCCAAAGAAGGGCUCCAAGAAGGCGGUGACCAAGGCUCAGAAGAAGGACGGGAAGAAGCGCAAGCGCAGCCGCAAGGAGAGUUAUUCCGUGUAUGUAUACAAGGUGCUGAAGCAGGUCCACCCCGACACCGGCAUCUCUUCCAAGGCAAUGGGGAUCAUGAAUUCCUUCGUCAACGACAUCUUCGAGCGAAUCGCUGGCGAGGCUUCCCGCCUGGCGCACUACAACAAGCGCUCGACCAUCACUUCCAGGGAGAUCCAGACGGCCGUGCGCCUGCUGCUUCCGGGGGAGUUGGCCAAGCACGCCGUGUCGGAGGGCACCAAGGCCGUCACCAAGUACACCAGUUCCAAGUAACUUUGCCAAAUUUCCAAGUUGAUCGUGAUGUUGAUCUGGGACUUCGCGUGGUGACGGCCCACCCUGAGCACAAAAGAGCACCCUUUUGCAACUUCCUUCUGUUUGGAGCUUUCUCCACCAUCACCUCCGCCCCCCAUUUUCUUGUAAAAUUUUUACUAUGCAGAUACGUGAUAACUGCAAGUAAAGGCUGAAGACAAUGUGAGCUGAACACGGAAGUAUUACAAAGGUUUCUGGUUUGCUUUGUAAUUGGGCCAGUUUCUCUCUGAAGCUCUUAGGCGAGUAGGGCAGGGAAAGGUGGAUCCUAGGCGCUGAGGUGCAGGAAAAAAGAAGCAGCUUCUGAGACACCUUAAAAUUCUUUUGCUAAACCGUCUUUUUCAGAAAGCCAUUUAAUUUAUAGAUUUCUUUUGGCAGCUUUCAGGUUAAAAGUCCACUAGGUAACGGCAGAAACCCAAAUAGUCAUUAAGGUGUCUGACUGCAGGUAGGCAAUAGUUACCGCAGGACUGAAGCCCCCUUUGCAGUACAAUUUACCCUUUCCUAGGUGCCCCUUAGUACCUAGGACUGGAGAAGGUAGAAAGGGAAAGAAAACCUCCUUCUGGCAGGAUGUAGCUUCUGCUGCACAAUAUAGAAUGAUGACAAAAGUUUUUCACUGCUGGGGAAUGGAUGAUUGUGGGAGAAAAAGAAUCUCGGAAAAGUCGAGAGGGAAUAAGGAGGGAGUGGGCAGAAGGAAAGGAACCAAUACUUACGACGUGAAAAGUGUGAGAUGGAUGAGGCUAGGUUUGGAGUCAAAUGUUAGCUGAGAUGGAGAACUUAGGUGGUGGAUGAUCGUUGUCUAAAA